AUGGUCAUUAAGCAGCCCAACACACAGAUCAAGUUGACCAACGUCUCCGUGGUACGAUUACGGAAAGGCGGUAAACGAUUCGAACUCGCCUGUUACAAAAAUAAAGUCAUGGAGUGGCGAAGCAAUGUAGAAACGGAUUUGGAUGAAGUACUGCAGAUUCACAGCGUAUUUCUGAAUGUGUCCAAAGGCCAAGUGGCCAGUAAAGAUGAUAUGAUCAAGACGUUCAAAACCGAUGAAGUCGAUAAAGUGAUUCAAGAAAUUCUGAAAAAAGGCGAACUUCAGGUGGCAGAAAAGGAGCGAUCUAAUCAACUCGAGUCGAUGUGGCGCGAUAUUGCCAAUAUUGUCACCGACAACUGUGUGAAUCCUCAAACCAAGCGACCAUAUACUGUGACCAUGAUCGAAAAGGCAAUGCAAGACUUGCACUUGAGUGUCAAUCCCAAACGAAGCUCCAAAUCUCAGGCUUUAGACGUGAUUAAACAGCUGCAAAAGAAUAACUUGCUGCCUAUUCAACGUGCACAAAUGCGGUUACGCAUCACACUUCCACAAGGAAAAGAAACGAAAAAGCUGCGCGAGAAACUUCUUCCUUCCAUUACGUCCGUGGAGGAUGAAGACUUUGAAGGCACAGAAUACGAAUUGAUUGCAUUAGUGGAUCCUGGACAAUACCGUGUGAUCAGCGAACUGUUGCAAAACGAAACAAAGGGCAGGGGACAGUUGGAAAUCAUGAAUUUGCGUGAAAAGGAAGAGGGUGAUGAGAAAUUCUAG